AUGCACGCAGACAAUGGUAUACACGAUGUCAUCAUCAUAGGUGCUGGGCCAUGCGGUCUUGGGGUGGCCGCUCGUCUCCAUGAAGAAACUCCAUCGGCAAUGUUCACGGACGAGGAACAUCAAAGAUACCACUGGAUCAAAAAACACAGCGGUCGAAUGAAGUUGGUCCAAGCAGGCCACGGCAAGAUCAAUGGUGCCCGCGCUGAGAAGUGGAACCGAGGUCAGAAAUGUGCGUGCGAAAAGGAACAGGAUAAAGAACGGAGAGGAUCCACGGAUUCAGCAUCUUCAGUACCUUCGCUGUCCUCGGCAUCUUCAGUCUCUUCGGAUGAUUCCAUCUCAACCCUGGUGUUGGACGGUUCGGGGGAUCAAUGGAUGCAGCGAUGGAACAAUGCAUUCCGGACGCUGGAAAUCAAGCAGCUGAGAAGCCCGAUGUUCUUUCAUGUGGACCCUGGCGAUAGAGAUGGGAUGCUGGCAUACACACAAGAAGUGGGAAGAGAAGAAGAUUUAUGGGAGAUCUCUGGUUGUGUGGGAAAGGAAAUGAGCAAGCACAAGAAGAAGAAGAGACGACAGGGGGGAAAGGCUCAAACCAUUGGCGGUGUCGAAAUCGAUGAACGGGAUCGCAAGGACUACUUUUCUCCAUCAACAGACCUUUUCGCCGACUACUGCUCGUCUAUUAUCGAUCGAUACGGUCUGAACGAACCGGGCCUCAUUCAGAAGCAAGAGGUUGUAGACAUCACAUACGGCUACCUACCCGAGGAUAAAGACACGCCGAUAUCCAAUUCGAAGACCUUCACAGUGACUACCACGACCGGUCAGAAGUUUUAUAGCCGAGCAGCUGUGCUCGCUAUUGGGGCUGGUGGAGCAGGCGUGGCCAAGAUUUUCCCAUGGCGCCCAGCAAGCGAAGAAGAAGGUGCUUCAGCAUGUUGUCACAGCAUGGAGAUCAAAUCGUUCCCGAGUCCCAACGUCCGUCGCAAGAUUCAACUCCGGCAGGAAACCAACGUGGUUGUCGUAGGAGGGGGCCUAUCAUCGGCACAGAUCGUUGAUAUGGCCGUACGGAAAGGUGUCACCAAAGUGUGGUUUAUCAUGCGUUCUGAAAUGAAAGUCAAGCACUUCGACAUCAGUCUGCCCUGGAUGGGCAAAUAUAAGAACUGGGAGAAAGCGGCAUUUUGGUCUGCAGAUACCGACGAGGAGCGUCUUGAAAUGAUAAAGGUUGCCCGCAACGGCGGCAGUAUCACGCCUCGCUACGUGAAAAUCGUCAAAGACCACGCCGCACAUAAGCGCGCCUCUAUACACCCGCGUACCAUCAUCACAUCCCAUAAAUACAACCCCGACGCUCAGACGUGGGCACUGACCACCGAUCCACCGAUCCCAAACCUGCCUCCGAUCGACUUUAUCUACUUUGCGACUGGCGCACGUGCAGAUGUGCGCGAGAUGCCACUCCUGAACAACAUCAACGAGCAGUACCCCAUCGAGAUAAAAGAAGGACUUCCCUGCCUAAAUAAUGACCUAAUGUGGCGCGACGACAUACCCUUAUUCAUGACUGGACGGAUGGCAGGGUUGAGACUCGGACCUGGUGCGCCGAAUCUGGAAGGGGCCCGGCUGGGCGCGGAGCGAAUCGCCUGGAGCUUGGAGGAGAUUCUGGAGAAGAAAAGGGAGGUUGGGGAUCAGUGCGCCGUUGAAGGGUUCUGCGGCCUGGGUAAUCGGUAUGCUUCGUUGGUUGACAACGGCGACGAGUAG